GCAUUUAAAACUUGGAGAUUUUGUUAUAAUGGUCGUUUGGGUUGGAAGUGAAAUCACUUAUGCUCAACAAAACUUUCUACUUGUGGAUUCCUGUCCUCAGAACAAAACAGAAUGGGAAACUAGACGUGAAAACAAGAGUUGUAAGGAUCCCCUCGAUUACCAUUGUGCAGCCAUAGAAUCAACGCAGGCGUUAGGAGAAAUCUGUGCUCGUCCUGCUUUGACGUAUCCAGGAGACUGUCCUGUACUUAAUGCCGUAUCCCACAAUCUUAACUACAGGAAUUGUACUUCUGAGGAAGAAUGUCCAAAGGACUCCUAUCGAUCGGACGAAAUUUACAGAUAUCCUUUUUGUUUUUCAAUAUUUAAGCCUCAUAAUUUGCCAGAUACUCAAGAUAACAAAGGUGGUUUGGGGAGGAGUGCUAUUAUUAUUAUUGUUGUCAGUGUAGUUCUUUUAACUGUUACAGCUGUAUGUGCGGUGGUUAUAUAUUUUAUAAGAAAAAGAAACUGUACCAGAAGAGAGAACGCUCAAGAGUUUAAUUUUGAAGCUUUACUUAAGAGAAUAGAAGAAAGGGAAGCAGAUGCCAUGUUUACGCCGAUACAUUAA